AUGGCUAUGACAUUGAAAUCAAGGUCAUGGUUCUUCCAGCAACGUGAUGGUGAAGAUUGGGCACCAUUUUGCAAUCUAUGGAGCCAAACAAAUCUUCUUUGGAGGAAGAACUUUGAUUUGAUGAGGAAUGUUGGGUGUUUGGGAAAGGAGAGAAGUGAGAAGAAAAGGUUGUUUCUCAGGUGCUGUAGUAAUGGCAGCUGUGGAAAUGGGUGGAAUUCAAUGGCGGAAAAUGAGAAUUUUGUGAAGAUGAUGAGAGAAGCUGAGCCAUAUUUUCGGGCACAUAGAGGCAGCACAUUCGUCCUCGUAUUAUCUGCAGAAAUUGUUGACAGUCCUUUCUUGGGUUCCAUACUCGAGGGAGGUGGUCACCAUAGUGCUUUAUCGAAUGUCGCAGGCCCCGGUCAAGUGAAUCUUUGUGAUGUUUCUUUUUCUCCUCUAUUCUACCCUUAG